AAUCCUCCCCGGCUCACUCACUCAGUCGUCCGCAAUGGCGACCGCAGGAAGCCUCCUCCGCCUCCUUCUCCUCUUCUUCGCUACGGGCUGCAUCUAAAAGUCUUUUUUCUUCCUCUCUCUUUGCCACUACUGGCUGGACGUGGAUGUUAAUAUCUUUCCCUUCAGCUGGGACGUACUUUCGUGAGGACAAGCCCGCAUUUCGAGAGAAGGGGCUGGGCAGUGAGCAGUGCAGCACACCAUGGCACAGCCAGACCCAGAGCCAAUGUCCUCUGGAGCAGGGCAGCGCCUCGGAGCCCCGGAGACUCUUGGCAUCAGUACGUUGGACCCCGGGCACAGACCCCCGGCCAUGCCCCCUGGACGACAUGUCACCAUCAGGGUCCGAAUGUUGGACGACACAGAGGAGCUUUUUGACAUCUCGCAAAAAGCUUCAGGCAAGGUGCUGUUUGACCUGGUGUGCUCCCACAUGAAUCUCAUUGAGGGCGACUACUUUGGCUUGGAGUUUCAGAAUCAUCAAAAGAUGAUGGUGUGGUUAGACCAUAUCAAACCCAUUAUCAAGCAGCUCAGGCGACCGAAACACACAACCCUGAGGUUUACUGUGAAGUUUUUCCCCCCAGACCAUGCCCAGCUACUGGAAGAGCUGACAAGGUACCUGUUUGCCCUCCAGAUCAAACAGGAUCUUUCCUGCGGACGUCUGACCUGCAACGACAGCAGCGCAGCGCUGAUGGUCUCCCACAUUAUCCAGUCUGAGAUUGGGGACUUUGAGGAGAGCCAGUGCCGGUCACACCUCCUCAACAACAACUACAUCCCAGAUCAAAUGCCUCUGAUUGACAAGAUCAUGGAGUUUCACUCAAAGAAUAUAGGUCUAACACCAGCAGAAUCAGACUAUCAGUUACUAGAAGUGGCGCGCAGGUUGGAGAUGUACGGGAUCCGGCUCCACCCUGCCAAGGACCGCGAGGGCACGAGGUUAAGCCUGGCUGUGGCGCACACAGGUGUCCUGGUCUUCCAGGGACACACGAGGAUUAACGCCUUCAACUGGUCUAAAGUCCGUAAACUGAGCUUCAAGAGGAAGCGUUUUCUCAUCAAACUGAGGCCAGAUCUAAAUAGUUCAUAUCAGGACACUCUGGAGUUUCUGAUGGCCAGCAGGGACUGCUGUAAAGUCUUCUGGAAGAUCUGUGUUGAAUAUCACGCCUUCUUCCGCCUCUUCGAGGAACCCAAACCCAAGCCCAAGCCUGUGCUCUUCACGCGAGGCUCCUCCUUCAGAUUCAGCGGUCGCACACAGAAGCAGGUGAUUGAUUAUGUGAGGGAGUCUGAGUUUAAAAAGAUCCCAUUUGAAAGGAAACACAGUCGGUUCCAAUACAGCAGUCGGGUCCAACACAACAGUCGCCUGUCGCCAUUGCCUUCUCCACGCCACCAUGAAGUGCCAACAGAAAGUGGUGUUCCCGGGGACAGAGUCGACUCCCCCGCUCGGCGUCAUUGGAAGGAGUCGGCGCUGGUGAGCGCAGAAGACCCGUCGGCUUCGCGGGCGACGAGGCUGAGUCCUUCCCACCAGAGAAACGGCCACGAGGACAGAGCGGGGUCUGUGUCCAGGACAGAAGAAAGACGGGGCUCAACACGACAGACCCACCCAGAACAUCUGAGUACAGGUCCAGCAUCUCGAGCUGCUAGAGGCAGCAGCUCCUCCAUCCCCUACAUUGACUGCAGUGACAUAGAUAGUGAAUAUUUCUUGGGCAGGGACCUGGCUAGAAUGUCAAAUCACAGCUGUAGGGAGCAGGCCAUGCCUCGUCGGGGGUCUGGCUCUGGGGGGAUAAACGGGGCUUUGCAGGCCCAGCAGGAGCACUUUCUGGGUAGGAUGCGGUACAGGGAGUCCCCCUCCCCUUCUAGAGCAUCACUCAACAUGAGCUAUGAGUUAGUCCAGUCUCCCAAGCAGUCAUGCCAAAAGGUUGAUCCUGUCUAUAGCACAAUGGGAGACAUCAGUGUCCAUACCAGAGAGAGGCAGAGCAGCAGCCCUGUCACAGUUCCUCAUAUGAUGAGUUCAAGGACUGUCGCUGCCAGUCCUGCCAUUGACAUCCUCCACCAGGCACCUUCCAUCAGUUACGCCGAGCAGAACGGCUACAGCCCCCCUCAGUUUAAUGACGGUAGAUGCUCCCCCGGCCUGAGCCGAUCUCCUCGCUUACAGAAGCUCCACAAAGUCCGUCACCACCCUGACACAGCCCCAAACCAGGGAACAGUCUCACCAGGGCAAGAGUCGCGUCCCGUCCUGUCUCGGGCCGAACGCAUGGCUGCUCUCGAGCGCCGCAUGAUGGCCAACGGCCUUUCAGCACCGGGCAGGUCUCGGGCCAGUCUGGGGCAGAAACGAUUGGGACCAGCUGGUGUGGCACAUAUGGGAGCAGUUCAGAUGAACGAAUGCGCCACAAGUGGGUCAGAGUCCAGUGAGUCUGAGGUGGAGAACAACAGGGGCAACAGCAGCAGCCCUUUGAUGUUUGGUAAUCCAGUAGAGGCUAAUUCUAAUUCCCCAAUACCCAGGAACAAGUUUUCCUUUGGCAGCCUCCAGCUGGAUGAGGAGGCGGACGAGGACGGUUGCCAUGCCUUCAGCGAUGAGGAUGGUGUGGUUUCCAACAGCCCUCACCUGUCCGCCUCCCCCGGACACUCCCACGCGAUGGUCAACGGUCAGAAGACGCUGGAGCUGUGCAGCCACAGUCCCGACGGCCGGCAGCCUUCGCCCCUCACCAGCCCGCUGCUCAACGACGCCUGCAGCGUUCGCACCGACGACGAGGAUGAGGUUCGGAGGAAGAGGUUUCCAACAGAUCGAGCCUACUUCAUCGCCAAGGAGCUGCUGACCACAGAAAGGACGUAUGUGAAGGACCUGGAGGUGGUGACUGUGUCUUUCCAGAGUGCUGUAGGACAAGAUGAGGCGACUCCAGACUCCUUGAAGAACACCAUCCUCUCCACGUUCGAGCCUCUGCACAAGUUCCACACAGGUUUUCUCAGGGAGGUGGAGCAGAGGCUGGCUCUGUGGGAAGGACGCUCCAAUGCGCACAUUAAAGGAGACUACCAACGCAUUGGAGACGUCAUGUUGAAGAACCUCCAAGGUUUGAAGCCCCUGACAACAAACCUGAACAAGCAGUCGGAGGUUCUGCUGGAGCUGGAGAAGGCGUGCAAAGCGUCUCGCAAGUUGGAGGGUCUCUGCAGGGACUUUGAGCUGCAGAAGGUCUGCUACAUCCCCCUCAACGUCUUCAUCCUGCGGCCUCUGCACCGCCUCAUUCACUACAAGCAGAUCCUGGAGCGUCUGUGCAAACACUACCCAGCUACUCACGUGGACUUCAGGGACUGCAGAGCUGCUCUGGCGGACGUGUCUGAGGUGGUGGAUCAGCUCCAGGCGAGCCUCGUCAAGAUGGAGAACUUCCAGAAGCUGCUGGAGCUGAAGAAGGAUUUGAUUGGCGUUGACAAUCUUGUUGCUCCUGGUCGGGAGUUCAUCAGGUUAGGUUGCCUCAGCAAACUGUCAGGAAAAGGCCUACAGCAACGAAUGUUUUUCCUGUUUAACGACGUCAUUUUGUACACGAGUCGAGGGAUGACGGCGACCAAUCAGUUCAAAGUGCACGGGCAGCUGCCGCUCCACGACAUGACAAUCAGAGAGAGCGAGGAUGAGUGGGGUGUUCCUCACGCCUUCACACUGGUUGGACAACGACAGUCGGUGGUUGUGGCAGCAAGUUCGUUAACAGAGAUGGAGAAGUGGAUGGAAGACGUAAAGAUGGCGAUAGAAAUGGCCAAAACCAGCAACGGGCCUUCAUCUGACCUGCUGACCAGCAACCUGACAGACAACAAAUGCCCGGAGGACUCCUCGGUGGAGGCAGAGUCCGAGGACGACAUGACAGCUCCGCACACCUCGCUGGAGAGGCCCGCCCCUCACCGUGGUAACACCAUGGUGCACGUGUGCUGGCACAGGAACACCAGUGUGUCCAUGGUGGACUUUAGCAUAGCUGUGGAGAAUCAGCUAUCGGGAAACUUACUGAGGAAGUUCAAGAACAGCAACGGCUGGCAGAAGCUCUGGGUGGUUUUCACCAACUUCAGCCUGUUUUUCUACAAGUCUCACCAGGAUGAUUAUCCGCUGGCCAGCCUUCCACUGCUGGGUUACUCAGUCACCAUCCCCUCCGAGUCUGAAAACAUCCACAAGGACUACGUCUUCAAACUGCAUUUCAAGUCCCACGUCUACUACUUCCGAUCAGAGAGCGAAUACACUUUCGAGAGGUGGAUGGAGGUGAUCCGGAGCGCUACAGUCCCCUCAAGUCGCGCUCGUGUCCUGAACAGCAAAGAGCCCCAUCCUCACUGAGUCGGCUCAACCUCGUUUCCAUACGCUGUCUCCUUCGGGUGGCAUCCGCCCGUCCUGUCCCCCUCCGGACUCUUUUCUUUUCUACGCAUAUCUGGGACAUUUGUACAUGUGUCCAUGCACAUUUGGUGCUUUUUAAUGCUUUAAUGGUGACAUGUCCGCUGGUUUAGACUGCAUCAGAGACUGCAUUUUUGGCAUUUUUACUCUCAACUCUGAAACCUCUUUUUAAGGAUGUCAUUUUAUACUGUUUUCUAAUGGUCUGAACCACUUCCUAUCUUUCUGGUUUUACAUUUUGUCAUUGGUUGUUUUUACAGCAGGAACAUGUUGAUAUAGAUACCCAGCAUUCUUUCGUAGAUGGUUAAACUAUCACUGCAUUGUCAUAAACAUUUUUGUCUACUUGUUCAUUUUAACUGAAAACGGCUGCUUUGAAAAUAUCCUGCAACUUCAGUGCCAAACUGGUUUAUAUCAAUGUCCUCAACUUUUUAAUGCUAUUUUGUUACAACGGGGAUCAGGAUCGUCCUCCUGUAUAACGUGAAAUUUUCAAAUCAUAUCAAACAGGCCACCCUUUAACGAUCAACGCUCUGUUCACACCUGGCCCAGCACAAAGUGUUGUUGUUGUUCAAAAGAAGGAAAUGAAAAUAUGAAAUUAUUUUAUUGACAUAACCCUAGGAUUGAUCACAGUGUGGCCAGGAGUAGCUGCCAUCACCUCUAAUGCCAUUUCAAGUAAAGUAAAAAUAUUCUAUUUGCUGAUCUUUGUUGUAUGAAUACUCUCAGAGAGUUUUGCUUUUUUUUUGUUGUUUUUUUUUAAUUAACUCUGAAGUUCCCAUUCAGCUGGAUGAGAAAAUGUGAGACGUGUUCAUAAUCGCUGUAUUAUGAAGGUAAGUGUAAUUGAAAGCUUUAAAGAUUAUGUGUGAAACAAAAUAGAAACUUUCAGUUCCAAGCGUUGUUGCCCUCACUGAACUAGGCUGCCUCCCGUAAACAGAACCUUUUUAUGGGUCUGAAUGAAUGGAAAUAUGCAUUUGACAGGGUUUUGCAGUGAAGUAUAUGAGACGGAAAACCUCAGUUCGGCUUGGAAUUGCUGUGUUUUUUCCAGAUAACAGAGAGCUCUUUGGAAAUGAAAGCAAUAAAAAAAACAAAAAAAAAAACUUAAUCAAACGUA